AUGAUUUCAAAACAACGUCAAGAAUCAGAGGAGAAACCACUGGAUGAGCAACUUGAGCUAUUACAAGAGAAAAUUGCGGAGUUGAUAGUAACAAAUGAGGCGACCGAGAAUCAGUUGACAAAUUUGACUUUUGAAUCGAACGAUGUGAUUAGUUAUCUGAAAAAAUUGGUAGAGGAAAAAGACGAAGAGACGGCACGGGUGGAGGAAAUGUUGGAUGAACAGAUGAAAGAAUCAGAUAGAAAAUUCAAGAUUCAUAGAGAGAAUUAUGAGUUGGAAGAGAAGAAAUUGAAAGAAGAAAUUGAGAAAUUGAAAAGUGAAAUGAGUAUUAUGGCAAUUGAACAAGCCCGUGCUGAUUUGAGUAAUGUUGUUCUCAAACUAAUUGAAGAAGUUUUUGAUGAAACUAACGGCUACAUGCAAACUUACAUUCAAGUGGUUUUUUUGAGAAUUCAAUCCUAUCUAGAGUUGUAUUUGACAGCGAUGGCUGAUUUUCUUGUGGUGGAAAUGGCAUUCUGUCGAGUUAUGGCUUUCUACACUACAAAUAGAUCUAACACCGAUAAUUCUUCCCGAAUGUUGAAAGUUGUUCUGAUCAUGUUUCUUUUUGUGAAGACCCCACAAGCUCUGCUUGUUAUUUUCAAUUCAUUGUUCUUAUUGGACUACUAUCUGUUAAUUGCUCCAUUAUCAACCGAGUUUUUAAAAGCACUCGAUGCAGCAAAUGCCUCAGCAUCAUUCAUCAUUUACUGUGUUAUUUCAUCUCAUUUUCGAGAGGUUUUUGUCAGAAUUUUUGUACCUGGAGGUAUUCAACGUAGAAUUUAUUCGGCCCGAACAAUGCAAGUUACAACCGUGGAAUCUACAAGAAAAGCUGCAUGGUCAUAA